AUGGAACAUCAGAAUGAGGAUCCUCUUGAACUCAGGUUGAUGCUGCAAGCUGAACCUCCAAAGACUACUAUUGGUGUUAAGGCCACCGGCAGAUAUGUGAUGACCGAAGAGGACAAAUACUAUCUGCAAAAGAUUAAUGAAUUGGUGCAACACAAGAUGCAACUCUUUGCUCGUCAGGACCAGGCCUCAUCGUCUCAUCAUCACGAACUCACCAAGAAACCUGUGAAAAAGCGUCCACUUUCGUCCAUAGAUGAUCAAGAUGAGAACAAGAAGAAGAGGAUGAAGAUUCAAGAUAAAAAGAUGCAUGUCCGUUCCCCGGUCAUUAGCAACAACACAACAGAGCGUCUGAAAGAGUUCAUCACCGGAGAGAUGAAAGGUUCCGACUUGAAACUGGUGAUCCAGAAAAUCUUGUAUGCCACCGAUCUUGCAAAAAACCAAAACAGGUUAAGCAUGCCGAUGAACCAACUGGAGACACUUGACUUCUUGACAAGCGAUGAGAAACAAUUGCUGGAUAGAGAUGGUGAGUUUAAGGUACCACUGCUGGGGCCGACGCUGCAAAUGCACACGAACCCGAUGACGUUGAGGAUGUGGAACUUGAAAUCCACGAGCAAUUACGUUCUGAAGACCAACUGGAAUCAGUUCGUGGAGAAGAACAAGGAGUAUCUGACAGCAAACACCACUGUACAGGUGUGGUCGUUUCGUAGAGAGGAGAAGCUGUGUUUUGCCAUUGCAUGCGUGUAA